UCUUCUUUUACUCUAAUAUCCCGUGGUUGUUGGCUCCAGUCUAUCUCACUUUCUUGGAUGUUGCCAAUUUGCCAGGUGCGGAGUCUGGCUGACUGAGGGCCACCACGAGGAUAGAUGCGGACCAGUCGCGUGUGAGUAAUAAAUACAUAUAAAGUUGUUUUUACUCCGCUAUACAUGUGACUUAAGUCCUGCAUAUCAUCGGACCUGUUUUUGAAAGUCCGUUAACUUUGUUAUAUUAAUGUUACACGAAGAUCCGGAAGUGUAAGCGGAAAGUAUUGGUGAACUGCAUUGUCAUUAACAACUUUAUUGACCCCGAGCAAUACAGAGACAACUACAGCCACUGGGAGUGUCUCCGCAAUUUCCAUGCCCGCAAACCCUUGCUGAGUGAGGGAGACGACAGCGUCUCUACGUCGCCAGCUCCCAGGUUAAGAGGAACAGUGUGUUUGAAGCGGUCGGACAUCACGUGGUUACACACACGCAGAGGGAUACGCGCCUGUCCGUGGCGAGAGGCUGCCUUACAACAACUGCUGCGUCUUUCUAAGGGACCGCUACACAACGGCCAUGAUACCUGGGAACUGGUUUUAAAACAACACCGCGAAGAAGGGUAAGCUGGACAUUGCUUAAUAUAUUGCAAAAUACCGGGGGAGUGAGUUAUAUUUGACUUGAUUUUUUCAGCCAUUAGACGCACCAAAAUUUACGGUUCAACGCUUACAAUGGCGGACCAAGCACACGAACAGGCAUCAGAGACUGCUAACACACAGGCUUUUUGUAUGCAUGAUAUUGAAUUUUUAAAUGAUACAAGGGGAAACAAAGCGGAUCUUUUAUUUACCGCAGGUGCUACAAAUUUCUAUAAUUCGGAAUCCAAAUCUAUGUCCGCAAUCUUCUAUCAGCUGGAAAAGUUGAUGCUGGCUGAACAAAGAACUUGGUGGGACUACACUACAAUGGAGAGGAUGCGACCACCUCAGCUACCACGACCUGCAAUGAAAAAGAAGAACUAUACUUUUAAAAAGAAGAAAUCAGGAUCACGUAACACAUAUUCAGAUACUGGAUCCAGUAGAGUGUCAUUCUCAGACACAGCCUAUACCAGCGAUGAGGACGCCGAAUAUCCGAUGAGAGAUGAAUCCAGGGUCUUUUUAAACGCCAAGCGCAAGAGAUUUCUGGACAGUGGGGAUCCAGGACUGGGGAUGGGGGACAGAGGGGAUCAGAGAUAAGUAUGGAAAUGUCUAAGCCUAAUAAUGUCAUAAACUUGUCUUCUAGCACUUUAACACCAUCACAAAUUAGCCUUUUGAACAAGGGCCUAAAUUUUUCACCUGAUUAUAAUUUUUCUCUUUUUGACACAGUAUUGGAUUUGAACCGAUUUACACGAAAACUCACUUUGAAACGCUUCUUUCACAAACAGACACAUAAUGUAGAUCAAAUUCUUUGUAACGAUACUUCACAUUCUAUUUCAGAAGGAAACUCCAAUUCACAUGAUGAAAGUGACAAUAUGACAUAUGAUGGCUCUAACUUUAUUGAUGUAUGUAAUGUUGUAGAUGCAUGUCUAGAUAGAAAUGUUUUUACAGAAGUGACCCCAACGAAAAUUGACAAAGCCCGGUCCUCAUCCUUCUACCCAAUCCAACAUAGAGGGCAGUAUAUUGAAUUAUUCCAAAAAUUAGUUGAACAGGAUUUAGAAAAACUAUCAUACAAAACUAAUUAUGUACAAAAAAAAUAUAAAGCUAAUUCCAAUAUUAGCCAAGGGGAAAAAAAAGCAUUAAAAGAGCUGUCCCAAAAUAAAGAAAUUAUAAUAAAAAAUUCGGAUAAAGGCGGAUCAGUGGUGGUAUUGGAUAGACUACAAUAUUUUGCGGAAUGCUCUAGGCAAUUGGAUGACUGUGAGACAUAUGAGCCGUUACCCAGUGACCCAACUAAUGACUAUAAAGCUAUUUUAGAAACAAUAUUUGACUUUGGAGUGGACAUGAAGGUCUUUACCAAAGACCAACAUGAUGAAAUAAUAUCCAACAACUCUAAAAUACCUAUCUUUCAUGCUUUACCAAAAGUUCAUAAAGGGAUUGAACAUGUUAAAGGGAGGCCUAUAAUUUCCGGUAUUGACGGCUUAAAUGAGAAUCUCUCUCGUAUUGUUGACAACAUGUUACAACCCAUAGUUAAACUGUUGCCAUCAUAUGUAAGAGACACUGGCCAUUACUUGAAUAUAGUGGAAAAAAUUGACUGGUCACCGGAGUAUAGUUGGUUGACACUAGAUGUCACUUCUUUAUAUACCAGUAUACAGCAUGAAACAGGAAUGAAGGCCAUUGAAUUUUGGCUAUUAUAUUCAAAUAUCUACGACACAGAUACACAACGGUUUAUCCUGCUCAGUAUUGAAUACCUCCUAACACAUAACUACUUUAUGUUUGAUGGGGUUUUUUACCUCCAGAGACGGGGCACCGCAAUGGGGGCAAAAUUUGCCCCCACAUAUGCUAACCUAGUAAUGGGUUGGUGGGAACGGUGCAACAUCUAUGGACACAUUAACCCCUUCAGACAUUGUAUAAAAAGUUACCAACGUUAUAUAGACGAUUUGAUUAUAAUUUGGGAGGGUACUGAACAGGAAGCAAUCACUUUUGUGGAAUACUGUAAUACCAAUAAUCAUAAUUUACAUUUUACACAUAAUUGGCAAAAAAACAAAAUUGAAUUUUUGGAUAUUUCUCUGAAGGGUACCAUUAAUGACAAAAUAGAAUGUGAUGUAUAUAUGAAACCCAUUAUGAGAAAUACCAUUUUAAGAGCCGACAGCUGUCAUCCCAAAUCGGUCCUGAGGGGCAUACCAGUGGGGCAAUUCUUGCGUCUAAGACGUAUUUGCACUACUUGGGAUGCCUUUCAGGACCAAGCCAUGGCACUUUGGGAUAGACUGCUGGAGAGGGAAUACGAUACGAGAGAUAUCAAAGAGGCUUAUGAGAGAGCAGUGGCCACCUCCAGACAUGAUCUCCUAAGUAGAACCUCAAAUAAAAAAUCUAAUAGCAAGCGAGCUAAAAAAACAAAUAAUUCGCAAAGACACUUUAACGAAAAAUCAACAUUGUUUAUCACUCCCUUUAGUAGUCAAGCAAAUCAGAUUAAGAAAAUAAUUAAUAGAAGAUUGGAGGUCCUCAGAAUGGACCCACUAUUGGACCAAUCAGUUCUGAAUAAUAUUAGAUAUGUAUUUAAACGUAAUAGAACAAUUGCAAGUGAUGUCUCCCCCAGCCUAUACUCACACAAAAGAACGGGAAAAAAAAGUAAUCUAUGGUUAAACAAAAAUGGGUGCUAUAAAUGUGGUAAAAACAAAUGUAAGGUUUGUAAACAUAUAAUGAUAAAAGAAAGCUUUAACAGCACUGUAACUGGAAAAAAUUACCCUAUACGUAGUUACAUUAAUUGUGACUCUAAAUGUGUAAUUUACUUAGCAACGUGUGAAUGUGGCAUACAAUAUGUGGGCCGCACAUGCAGAUCUUUAAAAGAACGGGUACGAGAACAUCUCACACCUAUUAAUCUGAAUAACUUGGACCACAUUGGUUAUAACCAUAGGAGAGUAUCAGCUAUAAGUAAACAUAUCAUGUUAAAUCAUAAUGGUAAUUUCAACCUAAUAAAAUUUCAAGGUAUAGAACUGGUUAAACUAGGGGUGAGAGGAGGAGAUCUGCAGAAAAAAAUAGAUCAAAGGGAGGUAUAUUGGAUUUUCACAUUAAAAACACGCCUCCCACAAGGAUUGAAUAGUGAUUGGGAGGUUUCAUGUUUCCUUUAAACCUAAGUAAAUUCAAAAUUACUGGAAUAAUUUGUAUUUAUUGAGAUUCCGAUUAUUAUAUAAAUUGUAACUAAAUGUUCCCAUAUAGAUAUAUAGAGGAAAUAGAAAAAAUGUAGCCUGAAAACAAACCAUGAGUGUAAUAUGCUAAUUUUAAUGGGUGUAUUGUUUUAAUUGUACUCACUAUAUAAGACAGAGAGCUAGGAACAGACUCCACCUCUGAUGAAGUGCCAAAGAGAGGCACGAAACGCGUCAGGUGACUAGACACGUCAUGGUUUAGUUGUACAGCCUCAGGAGAAUGCCUGUCUGUGUUUUUAAAGAUGCUUGGAAAUAAAGACUUUCUUCUUUUACUCUAAUAUCCCGUGGUUGUUGGCUCCAGUCUAUCUCACUUUCUUAAAGGAAAAAC